CACCCAAGAUGGCUCCCACGGCUAUCAAUUUAUGUUGUUCUGCUGUUAGAUGGACUCCUGUGUUGUUUAUCACAGCGAUUGUAGUUUGGUCGUAUUAUGCUUAUGUUAUACAGAUGUGUAUCCUCACAGUUGAAAGUAUAGCAGAAAAAGUGAUAUAUCUCCUGUUGUAUCAUCCGGUUCUCUUCAUGUUUGCCUGGGCCUACUGGCAGACAAUAUUCACAAGUAAUGGACCAGUACCAAAAGAAUUUUACCUGAGUCCCGCGGAGGCGGACCAGCUGGAGAGAGAAACGAGCGAGGACAGACAGAGAGAAAUGCUCAAACAGUUUGCUAGGAACCUGCCCAUACUGAACAGGACCAUGUCUGGAUGUCCAAGAUACUGUGAAAAAUGUCGGUGUAUAAAGCCAGACAGGUGUCACCAUUGUUCAGUGUGCUCAAGAUGUGUUCUUAAAAUGGACCACCACUGCCCAUGGGUGAAUAACUGUGUGGGGUUCUCCAACUACAAGUUCUUCGUGCAGUUCCUGGGAUAUGCCCUCCUCUACUGUCUAUAUGUGGCCAUCACUUCACUCAAGUACUUCAUAGACUUCUGGAAGGGAGGAGCUGGCAAUGGCAUGGGAAAAUUUCAUCUUUUAUUCUUGUUUUUUGUGUCAAUAAUGUUUGGUAUCAGUUUGAUAUCCUUGUUUGGGUAUCAUCUGUACCUCACAUGUAAAAACAGGUCCACCUUAGAGGCCUUCCGAGCACCAAUUUUUCAGAGCGGGCCUGACAAAGAAGGGUUUAGUCUUGGAAGAGGAGGGAACUUCCAGGAAGUGUUUGGGGACCAGGUAAAGGUCUGGUUCCUGCCUAUAUAUUCCAGCCUUGGUGAUGGGGUGUCCUUCCCCUCGCAGUCGUCGGCGACCAUGUCGUAUCAGACCAUGGGCAACACCCCCAGAUACCAUUCCUACCAUGCCCACAGACAUGAUGGUAGACAUCAUGGGGGACGGGGUCACGUAUCCUACCCGCACCGUGGAUCUGGAUUGCGACAACCUGCUUGGACAGAGGCAGAGAUGGAUGGAGGAAGGGGAGGAAGAAAUGAAUCCCACAGGCAAUGGCCUUGAGAACAAGGCCAUGAACCACCAUCUGUGAGCAGGACAUGUCGAGAUUGGAGCUUGGAUGUGGUGGCCAUGUUGAUUUGUACCAUGUGAGGUCAGACAGACACCAAAUGUUGGAUUAAUGCUACUCCCCAGUGACCAUAUUUAACUAAGGAUGGAUUCUUGAUUGUGUCUUGAUUCAAGCUUCUAGAAAGGAAGUUGAUGGACACUUUCUUGAUUGGUUGAUUGUUUCUUGAAGGAUUUUGAUUUAAAGAUUCUGACAGGAUCUUCAUCAAUGGAUGCUUGACAGGAUCUUGAUCCAAGGAUUCUGGGAGAGGACUGAAAUAUUCCUGAAAGGAUCUGGAAAUAUUUGAAUCUGGGAAAGCAGGGUUCAGCUGGUUUGAAUAGAUUUAUGACAUGAUUGACAGAUAUGUACAUACAUUGACAUGAAAUAACUCAACUAUCAUCACAAGAUUUGCCACACUGGUAUUUAAGACUCAUUGAACACUUCAUCAACUUGACGAAAGCUGUCAUCUGGGUAUCACAAAUUAUUUAUUUCUGUCCUGUUCCUCAUCCACAAAGUGAUUUUUAUGCCACGGCUAUCCUAACUUUUAUCAUAGAUUUACAAUGGUCGUAACUCCUAUACUUUAACCUGACUUACGAUGGUCGUAGCUCUAAGAUUGCUUUGUGGAAUGGUUCCGGUCCACAAGGCAGCUCUCCUGCUUCAUCUUAUAUUCCUACAUAGCACACUCACUACAGAUGUAGCACUUGGGAAGCUGGUGGAGCAGCUCAGUGGCAGUAAGCUGUUGAUGAGGCAAGUCCAGCCCCCUGAACAAGAUCAUCGAGUGACAGACUAUGACCCUUAAGACGGAUCAUCCUUGUGAAAGCACUACACAGAUUUGAAUGUUUUAAUAACCUCAUCACAAGGUUUUUGCAAAGAUAUUUAAUAUCUGUUAAUCUAAGUUACACAUGUACCAUGAGAAGUGCAUCUGAGAAUUCACUUCAUAUUAAAGAACUAAUUCUUUGUUUCGAGAAAUGUACAUUUUUGGAAUGUUACGUGGAUCUUUAUUUAGGUAUGAAGCUAUCGUUUUGUUACAAUCAUUAGCACAUGCUUUGAUAUUUUUUUCAGUAAAUAUAUCUUGAAGAUGCAGAUGAACAAAAACCUUUCCUGAAACAUAUUCAGCACAUUCUUCAUCUGGCAUCAUUAUCACCUCCUAGUUGAAAGACAAGCUGCAGUAAUGGAUCGGUGCAUGUUUUCACAUAUAUCUUGAAGCAUAUCUGUGCAGUGUAUGCAGUACUCUUCUCCAUCCACAAGUCACCAUCCGCAUCACUUUCUGCUGUGGUUCCACUGUUGCCGUCAUCUUGUUCAGAAAAUAUUCAUAGUAGUUUGGUUCAUUUCUAACUUUCAUCAGUUGAACCAUUCAUGUUCACCUUUUGAAGGUGGAUCAUUAUCUGAUUCUCUGAAUAAAACAUGGUCUUAAUUAUUUCUAACCAGCUAACAGGGAAAAAAAUCUUUGGAUCUGUAGAUUCCAUGCAUUCUGUAUCAAGCUGGAGUUUCUGUGGAAAAACUUUCUUGGCUCCAUUGAAUUCGCUAUUGAAAUCCAGUUAAGUCAUUAAUCUUAAUAUUUAAGAAACUGAAACUGUCCCUGAUUCCCUUUAAGUAUGGAAACGUGUUUCAGUCUGUUGAGAUCAGCUGAUAACGGUCCAUACAUCAGUGUGUCUACAAAGACUAAAAUCUACUGAAAAUAAUGCCAAGAUAAAUGUUUGGGCUAGUAGACUCAAAAGUAUUUCGCAAAGAUUGAUCCUAUUCAAGGGAGUGUUGAUCCUAUUCAAGGGAGUGUUAAUCCCAACUCAAACUCAAUAAUAGACUUACCGUAUUCGACGUAAUAAGCACACUGGGUGCUCUCAAAAUUAGAAAUAGGGGGCUGUUAUUAGUAUAUUAUUUUGGUGGAAAAAAAACAGUUGAAAGAUAAAUUUCGUGGUUUAU